UUUCCAAAAGCUUCCACCACAGUCCUCUUCCCUCCCGUCGUCGAUGGUCUAAAUGCUCAAUAUUCUCCCUGUUAUUCUCCAUGCUAUACUAUUCUUCAACCUAGCCUUUGGGAAACCGAUUGAGAAACCAAUUGUUGAGUUUCCUUAUCAACAUGCAUUCCGUCGGCCGGAUAUCUCAAGUUCCUUCCAAUCCACUCCUGCUUCUCAUCUCCCCUCAACUGCAACAUUGAAAGCACGACCUACAACAGUCUACCGAAUCCCAUCUCCUCUGAAUACUUUCCCCCGGUUCCAGGAACGUUCUGUAGAACACGGCCAGUCCGAAAUAUUAGAAUGGAUUGCCGUAGAAGUAUUAGGUCCGGAUAUCGGGGAUAGGCAUACUUUGGCUCAACUGGCGAGAAUGGCAGGAAAUGCUUACGCUUUGCCUGGACGCAAGAACUGGUAUGAUUUGGACGGUGCUUGGAACUCGAGCUUUCCCUUUGGUUGGGAAAAUCCUGAAGAUGGGUUUAGAGGCAAUGUUUUUCUUUCGGCAGAUAACUCAACUAUAGUUCUUUCCAUCAAAGGGACUACCUUACAAGGACCAACGUCAAAGAAGGACAAGUUUAACGACAACCUGUUAUUUUCCUGCUGCUGUGCAAGGGUAGACUUUACUUGGGUAUUCCGUACCGUCUGCGAUUGUUACAUGCACAGCCGGACAUGCGGUAACACUUGCCUCUCCAAAGCCUUAAUUCAAGACAGCCUUUUCUACUCCAUAGGUGUUGGCCUCGUGAACGACCUUCUGAUGCUGUAUCCUCAAGCCAACUUGUGGCUCGUCGGCCACUCCCUUGGAGGAGCGCUCGCCAGUCUUCUUGGUUCCACAUACGGACUGCCUGCAGUAGCUUUUGAAUCUCCUGGAGAACGUUUGGCCGCCGAGAGAUUACACCUACCUCUACCACCUCCGUCGUUGAACACCUCUUCAUCAGUGCUACCAGUCACACACGUUUACCAUACUGCAGACCCUAUACCCCAAGGCGCCUGUAAUGGCUUUGCUUCUCCAUGUGCGCAAGCAGGUUAUGCCCUAGAAACCCGUUGCCAUUUGGGGAAGUCCAUCGUCUUCGAUACUGUUACCAAAUUGAAAUGGGCAGUUGAUGUGAGGACACAUCCUAUAAAGCAUAUCAUCAACCGAAUUUUGGAGGCCGAAGACGUUGUUUGGGAAGAUGGAAGAGACGUUCCUGAAGCGGUAGAGGAAAGGGAUUGCGUUGACUGUUCAAAAUGGAGUUUUCCCGAUGAAGACUGAUUGCACGAGGAAAGGUACCGAACCCAUGU